UGACGUAAUAAAAUGUAAUUUAUAGCCAUGUUGACAGUAUCAAAAAAGAAACAUCCUGACUUUACCGUGCUACAUAUUUCGAGUGUUUAAACAAAAUCGAAAGGAAAAGAAACUCUAAUAACAAAAGUAUAAUAGAAAACUUAAAUAAUAAAAAAAAAACAUGCCUUUGCAACAGCAAAUUACACUGUGUGGAAUGACAGGACUGGCAGACGAGAUGAGUACAGAAAACAUUAAAAAAUCCUUCAAUCGACAUCUUCACUUCACAUGUAUGAAAGAUAGAAAUGUAGCCACCAGAAGAGAUUAUUAUGUAGCAUUAGCCCAUUCUGUUAAAGAUCAACUUGUCGGACGUUGGAUCAGAACUCAGCAAUUUAAUUAUGAUACUGAUCCAAAAAGGGUUUAUUAUCUUUCUAUGGAAUUUUAUAUGGGAAAAUUUUUAGAGAACGCCAUGUUAUGUCUUGGAAAUAUGUAUUCUAAUGAAGAAGCUUUGAGACAAAUGAAUCUGAAGUUGAGCAAUCUCAUAGAAAUUGAAGAGGAGGCAGGAUUAGGAAAUGGUGGUCUUGGUCGAUUAGCCGCUUGUUAUAUGGAUUCUAUGGCUACAGUUGGCGUAACAGGAUAUGGAUACGGAAUUCGUUAUAAUUAUGGAAUAUUUACACAAAAAAUUAACAAUGGAUGGCAAUGUGAAUCGGCAGAUGAAUGGUUAGAAUACGGGAACCCAUGGGAAAAAUCCCGACCCGAACAUCGAAUUCCCGUUCGUUUUGGGGGAAGAGUGGAAGUUAUAGAAGGUCGCUUUCAGUGGCUGGACACACACAAUGUUAUUGCAACACCUUAUGAUUAUCCAAUUCCUGGCUACAAGAACAACAGAGUAAAUACUCUGCGAUUGUGGUCAGCUAGAUGUACCAAAGAAUUUCAGCUGCAAUUUUUCAAUAACGGAGAUUACAUCAGAGCAGUUAUGGAAAGAAACUUAGCUGAAAAUAUUUCUAGUGUUCUUUAUCCAAAUGACACUUUCUUCGAAGGACAAGAAUUGCGUCUCAAACAAGAGUAUUUUCUAGUAGCAGCAACUUUACAAGAUAUUAUAAGAAGAUUCAAAGCUGAUAAAUAUGGAAGGAAAAGAAGGGGAAGAGACAUGUUUUAUCAACUACCAGAAAAAGUAGCAAUACAGUUGAAUGAUACCCAUCCUGGAUUCGCAAUACCAGAACUUAUGAGAAUACUUGUUGAUGAUGAAUGCAUGGACUGGGAUGACGCAUGGGAUAUUAGUUGCAAUGUUUUUGCUUAUACAAACCACACAUUGAUGCCAGAAGCUCUUGAACGGUGGCCAGUUACAUUAUUGGAAACAUUACUUCCGAGACAUCUGCAGCUUAUUUACCAUAUCAAUCAUUUACAUUUAGAAAAAGUUGCAAGAAUUUGGCCGAAUGAUGAUGAUCGAAUAAAGAGAUUGUCCAUAUUUGAAGAAGAGCCUUACAAAAAAGUAAAUAUGGCUUAUUUGUGUAUAGUCGGUUCGCAUGCAGUUAAUGGCGUAGCCGCAUUACACUCAAAUUUACUAAAACAAGAACUAUUUAAAGACUUCUACGAGAUGAUGCCACACAAAUUUCAAAAUGUAACCAAUGGAAUAUCACCAAGGCGGUGGAUACUUCAGAGUAAUCCAUGUCUUUCAGAUUUGAUUUCGGGAAGAAUUGGAGAUGCGUGGAUAACAGAGUUAUGCCAUUUAAGAGACCUUAGAAAAUUUGAGCAUGAUGGCCAUAUUUUAAGGGAUUUAAUGGAAGUCAAAAUGGAACACAAAAAAAGAAUGGCAGAAUACAUAAAAGAGAAAUACCUUAUUAAUAUAAACAUAGCAUCGUUAUUUGAUGUCCAUGUAAAACGUAUACACGAAUAUAAACGCCAGCUACUGAACUGUCUUCAUAUAGUUACAAAAUACUGUCGUAUCAAAUACGAAAAGAAAUUUGUUGUUCCUCGUACCGUCAUAAUUGGUGGUAAAGCCGCUCCCGGCUACAGGAUGGCUAAACUUAUUAUAAAGCUUAUCAAUAAUAUGGCAAAGAUUAUCAACAAUGACGUUGAUAUAGGAAACAAACUUAAAAUAGUUUAUUUAGAAAAUUAUUGUGUGUCCUUGGCUGAGAAAAUUAUACCUGCAACAGAUCUUAGUGAACAGAUUUCAACAGCUGGAACAGAAGCUUCUGGUACAGGAAACAUGAAAUUUAUGGCCAAUGGAGCAUUAACAAUAGGUACAAUGGAUGGUGCCAAUGUAGAAAUAGCUGAAGAAGUUGGAAAAACAAAUAUGUUUAUUUUCGGUCUUUGCGUUGAAGAGGUUAAGAAUUUGAGAUCAUCCGGCUAUACAGCAUCACGCCAUUAUCAUCGUAAUGAUGAGUUAAGAAGGGCAAUGGACAUGAUUAAAGAUGGCUACUUCAGUCCUGACAAUCCCUCUCUAUUUAUAGAAAUCUUUGAUAGUUUGUACCACUGUGAUCAUUAUUUGCUUCUUGAAGAUUAUGAAGAUUACAUUAGAGCUCAAGAUGAUGUAGAAAAUCUUUAUAAUAAUACUAAAGAAUGGCUAAGAAAAUCCCUGUUGAACAUAGCUUGUUGUGGAAAAUUCUCAAGUGAUCGAGCUAUCAAAGAAUAUGCAGCUCACAUAUGGAGUGCUGACUUACUUCAAACAAAAUUUUAUUGAUCUUAAAUGAUUGGUUUAUAUAAAUGUUCAUCAUUUACAAAAGAAUAUUAAUAAAGAAGUUAAAUAAACUACUGUAAAAUUA